AUGUCCUUCAGAGCCUCCCUCCUGCGCGCCCGUGUCCCCGCCGCCCCCCUCGCCCGCGCACCCCUCUCCACCUUCGCCCGCCUCCCAGCGCCCUCCCUCAAAGCCGCCCCCGCCCUCUCCCGCUCGUUCGCGACCUCCCCUGUCAGCCGCCUCCAAGUCUCCCAGCCCCUGCGCAAUGGAGGCACCGAGGAGGCGCCGCACAGUGGCAUCAAUGCCAACCGCAGCGUGAGGAUGGACACGUGA